GCCGGCCCGUCCUCAAGUUUCACCACACGCUUCGGACAUCACACACGCACACAAUGAGCUCUGUGACCGGACCGGGAGCCCUCGAUUUCAUGCACUGGAUUUGAGCAACUGCUGAUUCUUGCUCCAUAUGAGGAAGAAAAUCUUGAAAGCACCUUGUCUCCUCUUGAGUCUCUUCACAAGUCUGAACCUCUGCUCCGGAAAAUUUGGGACGCCGAUCACUGAUGAUGUGAGCAAGCUGUCGUUACUGAAGCAGAAUAUCCCCUCUGAUUAUGAGAUUCCUGUUAGUUACAUUCCCAAAGAAGUGGCAGGCACGUGCUGGGUGGUGUUAAAUAUCUAUCCUCUGGAGCAAAGUCUGCGGAAGCUGGCUGACAUGUUUGGUGCCAUCUCGUCCAACAAGGAAAAUAUUAUUGUCUUCAUCGCCAUGCUGAAGAGUUUGCGCUUCACCUUUGACCACGAGGAACUGGAAACGGCGAUGCAACUCUACCAGUGUCACUAUCAGGAGGAGAGCUUAAUGUCUGGUCUUUACUUCGACUACAUCAAAGAUGUCUUACACGCCGCAGCCCAAGGAACAUCCGGCUUCUCGUGCAAGCCGCCGCCGUGCCUUAAUCCGCAACAAACACCAGGAGGUCAGGAGGAGGGUCGUAAAUACAGCUGGUCCAAGAGAACUCCCUUUCUUCUGGCUCUCAUCCCCUUCAUAGCUUGCGUUGUUAUCCUGGUUUGGCUGGCCAAGUCUAGGAGGCGUUUACCAGUCUGCAACGCUGAAAACAGGCAAAUGACACCUUCUGACCUGAUCCCAACUGUGUCUAUCUCCAUCCCACUUCAAACACUCGCCCACGCCGCUGACACUCAGCCAGUGGGGGAGGCGAUCCCUGAACACGAGAGUGGAUGAAGCAUGACUAAUAGAGAAGGGAAAUCUGGACAGCAGUACAACGACUCACUCUCCAGGUUGUUCUGUUGUUGGCAGGAGCCUGCCGGGAGAAACGAGCGCGGUCUGACGCUCCUCUUCCUCUGCUUUCACUCAUCUGAGUGCACGGACCCGCGCUGCGAAGAGAAAACACACCUGCUGCGAUGCGAGGCGUAUCGCAACAUUCCCCAGACGCUUCUAGCACUUAACCAUCCAAAGGGGUUGUUUGGGAUCAGAGGAAGAAGUCUCUACAUGAUGGCUGGUUAUCUGCCAAAAUGGCUGCUGAGGUUAUAUAUCGAAUUGGCUGGUGUUAAACAGCGUUUGGCUUUCUCUGAGCAGACCAAGUUGAUUUCUUUCUUCUUCUUUUUUUUUUUUUUUUUUUGCAUUCCUGCCGCUCUGAAGUGGAGCCUCAAAUCAAAAUGAUAUCACUCUGUUUGGAGGACGUCAUUUCAUUCUGAGAUGGGACCCCUGUCAGCAGUUUUUUUGGCUUUGUCCUCAUGGUUAAAGUGGUUGUCCUUUCACCCCUGUACAGUCACACACCGAAUCCACACCUGCCCCUGUAUUCUGAAUCGUACUGAAAUGCGUUAGGGGUAAAACGCUGACAGGUUCCUAUCAAUAUGGCCUUUAAUGCUUCAGAAGUAAAAGCAGCAGCAUUCGACCUACUGCAGCUCGUAGUUGACAUUAUCUUGAUCCAUGAUCUGCCACACAAUUGCCAAACCUGCUAGUCGCAAACAACGCGCCGAGCAGUCCGACAAGUGUCCUACUUUGUGUAUGAAAGAUCUGACCAGAUGGCAGAUAGCCAUCUCCAGAGGCACUUUGAAUCCCGCCUUUGUAUUUUCAAAGCUGUUGCCCAGUGAUCUAUAGCUGCUGCCCGGCCCCCAGUGAGUGUGUUAGCGUUUUUAAAGCCUUAUUCACCAAGUCAAUCAUGUCCAGUCAUAAGAGCAUGACUCCCCGAGUGUGAGCGCUCUUGUGCUGUAAUGUGUCAGAUCAGGGGGAGCGAGAGACAGCACAGACAGGACGAGGGAAAGUGAGGGAGAUAGGGAUGGAUAGAUGGACGGAGGGAUGAGCUCAGUGAGGAGCAUAAGGAGGGCUUGUUCUCGUCCACAAAAGAAGUGGCCGUAGGCUGGAGGAAAUACCAGUUACAAACACGACUGAUGUCGGCAGAUCCCUAUGAAUCAACAGGCGAGGAAUCUUUCCCGACCGCAGGCCAUGUAGCCUCAUGCACAGAGGACUGUUAGUACAGUUUUCUGCAUUUUAAUGAUUUACUUCCACAACACAGAAAUGACACACGGAAACACAUCCAUGUAUCAAAGUAAGGUCUGCAACUUGCGCGUUUUAUUGUCUUUCUGGUGACCAAUUUGUAUUUUAAUUUUGUGAUAAUAUAUAUUUCUAAUGUAUGUGAGAUUUUAAGUUAUUUUGUCACAGGAGAACACACUUAAAAAAUGUCAUUAACUUUUUUAUACCAUUAUAAUGUUUAAAAAUUCAGUCAUGAAUGUAAGGAGACAGACAAAACAUGUAUGUAAAACCAUUAAUGCAAAGCAGGCUACAGUGGCAUAUAUGGAUGUAUAUUGUAUAUCUGAUUCUUGGUGUCUACUCUCGAUCACUCUUCUCUUUGUUGUGGUGAAGGAAGUUGGUAAGACUGAACCUCUUUAACCUUUCUGGCUGUUAUGUCUUGUGUUGUUUUGGUGAUUGACGUGUAAAAGUGCUGACUGUCGGAUUUCUUCGAAUGCAUACUGUAUGGCCCACAUUUGUAGCACUUUAAAAUGUGAAUAAUGUACUUUUUAAUUAAGUGUUUUAAGUGGAAAAAUGGUUUCUGUCCAGCCCUUGCAAAUGGCCCAUGAGCAAAAUCGUGUUGUGAAUAUUACGUGUAUGUGUAUUCUUCUGAGACUUUUGAGAUUUCUCAUCAGUGUUACAUAUCAAAAAUACAUACAGGUACAUCUUAUUUAUGUUGGAGCAACAGUACACAACUUUAAAAAGAUGUUCAGUUCAGAUCAUCUUCUCUGCCUGACUUCUGAUGUCACUUCAAGGAGACACAGACUAACUAACAGGGGUUUUGAUGCAUUUUUUCAUUCCGAUGGUUGAUAUUUAACAGGUAAUAACAUUUGCUCAAAUAAAGUGUUUUUGUGAUCAA